GCUUCACUGCAACAUGUCCCAUGGAAAAAAUAACUUCUAGUUCAAAAUUUGAAAGAAGAAUAAUAGCAGCUCUGGCCUAAAGACGCUCGACAUACUUCCAAAAUGUCAAGAGCGAAACUGCUGCCUACUCUGCUCGUAUGGACUUUAAUCUGUACGAACUUUAUUGAAAUCACCUCUAUCGACGUAACCAAAUCUACAGGCAAAUACGCUUUUGACAGUGAUGAGUCAGUGGUUGAAACAUGUUCGGAAACUUUUUCAUCGUGUUUGGAUAACGCAAAUUUCGACUCUAAACUGAAAAUCGGAGAUUCCAAAAGUGGGCCAGAUUUGAUUCGUGCAAAUGGAUUUCCUUUGGAAGUGCACGCCGUGCCUUCCCCGACCGACGGCUAUGUGACCUCGCUAUACCGAAUUCCGCGUGGUCGGUCGAAUAUCAUGUUUCAAGACGGUCCCCCUAAAAAGGUUGCAAUUUUCCAUCAUGGCAUUAUUGCAGAUGGAUUCAGUUGGGUUCUUAACUCUGUGGAUAAGGCGCUAGCGUAUCGACUUGCAGAAGAAGCAGAUGUCGACGUUUGGCUUAUUCACACUCGUGGAACAUAUUAUUCUCUGGACCAUACUUCGUACUCAUGGACCUCGAAUCAGUACUGGAAUUUUAGUUUUCAUGAAAUUGGGGUCAACGAUGUUCCAGCAAUUAUUGACUACGUUUUAUAUGUCUCUGGUCAAGAAAGCCUUUAUUACAUAUCUCACUCCAUGGGAUGUGCUGCAUUUGUGGUCGCAAUGUCUACAUUUCCAGAGUAUAAUGCCAAAGUUAGGACAUUUAUUGGACUUGCCCCUUCCGUUUAUGUUGGUAACACCUCUGCACCAUUUAUAGAGCCUCUAAUCCCACUCGUUCUUAAGCAGCAAGAAAUAUAUGACUCGAUUCAUCUAUCGCAACCAUUCGUAAGCCCGAUUGUGAUGCCGUUCAUGCCCGUCGUUGGAAACAUUUGUUCCAAUAGAUUUACAAUUAAUUGGAUUUGCUUCGCAGUGCUGGAGACAAUAUUUGGAUAUGACUUUGAAGAGACGAAUUAUGACAUGUCUGGAGAAAUUAUGAGGAACGCACUCAGCAGUGCCUCCAUGAAAUCCUUGUUUCACCUCUUCCAGCUUUGGAAGUCUGGGGACUUUCGUCAAUAUGACUAUCAAGAGAGAAGGAAUAUGGAAAUUUAUGGGACACCCGUCCCGCCGAUUUAUGACCUGUCCAAAGUGACCAGCCCCGUCGUUCUCUAUUGUGGCGAGGAGGACAAUCUCGUCUCUUGCCAUGACGUGUACAAAAUGAAACAAAAACUUGCAAACGUCAAAGAGUUCAAGAAAAUUAGCUGGCCAAAAUUUAAUCAUAUUGAUUUCUUAUUUGCUACAAACAUUAAUUCUUUGUUGAACAAUAGGAUUGUAGCGAUUGUUAAAGCUGACGAAUUUUAUGCUCAACAUGGAGAAAAAUAG